UCCCAAGGCCGGUGAAUUUAUGGCCAGGUGCCAAUUGGGUUGGAAGGGGGUAUAUAUAUAGCAUUUGAAAAAUGCCCGUUCUGGCCAACACUAAUUAGUUUGCCCAAGACCCCGGGGCCAUUGCAUAAUUUAGGUAGCGAAUUCCUUGAGCCUCGCCAACCAAAACGCCCACACAUCAUAAGAGCUGGAUUUUUCCAGGAAAGAGUUGCCGCUUAGGGCUAUGGUAAUGCCUCCACAUCCACCUCCACCUUCACCCUUUGUGGAAGCUAAAAACCUGGACCAAGCCAGAUCGUUGAGAUCAUAACCGGAGGGAUCUGUGAUCCACAUUUGCAUAAUUGCAGACCAAAGUCGGCGCUGACUUACCCACUGAAACUAAAUAAUUCCCUUUGGAGUGAUUCAAUUUUCCUGAAAUGGAGCGAAAGAAGAGGAAGUUAUCCAGCCAGCGACGCUUAGACCAGGAGCUAUCCUUCCAACAACGACUCCUGGGCGGUGUCCAAAAGAGUUUCGGACCGCCUCUGGCUUAUCAAGCUAUUUUGAAUUUUGAAAAGGAACAUGGAAUGUCCAACCUGGAAACCUUCAUCAAUGUCCUGAAAUGUGUCUUUAGCACUGGUUGUCUAGCCAUGCCAAAGGCUUUUUCGUAUUCAGGUUGGUUAAUUGGCCUAAUAAGCACUUUUGCCCUGACUUUGUUUGUGCUAUAUGCCAUGCAUAUUCUACUGCAUAAUGUCAAUGCUCUGGGAAAUAGAUAUGAAAUUCCAAUGAUCAGUUAUCGAAAGACUGUAGAGUUGGCCAUCUGUAAUGGACCUCCAAGACUUAAGUUUUUGAGCAAACCUUUUGGAUAUCUUGUGGAUGUCCUACUCUGUGCCUAUCACUUUGGUGUGGACUGUGUUUAUGUCGUGUUUAUAGGAAGGAGCCUGAAGCAUCUGGGGGAUUUGUACUUAUGGCAGCUGGAUGAGAGACUUUACAUGGUUUUAAUAGCUUUGCCAUUGAUCUUAACUUUUUUAAUAAGGGAUCUUAAGAGUCUAGUGCCAUUUGCCACGACCUCCAAUAUUCUUUUGCUUGUAGGUUACUUUAUAAUUUUUAGUUACCUUUUUCGGGAUCUUCCCAGAUUUGAACAGCUUGAAGCCAUUCAGCCGUUAAAAAACUUUUCCCUCUUCUUUGGCACUGUACUUUUUGCCAUUGAAUCUGUUGGUGUGAUCCUAACACUUGGUCGCAGUAUGCGAACGCCGGAGGACUUUCUGGGUAUCUGUGGAGUCCUUAAUCGAGGUAUGUUUGUGGUAAUCAUUAUCUAUGCACUCUUUGGUUUCUUUGGUUACUGGCGUUAUGGCCAAGAAACGGAAAACUCGAUCUUGCAGAAUUUGCCUGAAAAUGAAUUUCUCCCUGAGUUGGUGUCCGGAAUGUUUGCUCUGGCCAUAUUCUUUAGCUAUGCUCUGCAGGGCUAUGUAACUGUAGAUAUUAUUUGGCAUAACUAUUUAGAACCGGAAGUAGAGGACGGUUCUCACAAGGUGGUGGAGUCCUUAGUGCGCAUCGCCUUGGUAAUUGCCUCGGUCUUGGUGGCUCUCCAGUACCCGGACUUUGGACUCUUACUGGCCUUUGUGGGAUCCUUUUGUUUAGCCCAACUGGGUCUGAUCCUGCCGGGAAUUGUGGAUAUAUGCAGUCGCUAUGACAAGGGCUAUGGAACUGGAAAGAUCUUUCUUAUCAGAUCAACGAUUUUCAUCAUUAUGGGCUUGGCUGGUGGAAUAACGGGUACCAUGAUGACACUGAGAAACCUCCGUGCUCGUUAUCCUAUUAUUUAG